UUGGGUCCCAAUCGCAAAGGCCAUGCUGAUUUGUGAUGGAAGUGUGCCAAGAUCUCUUGGGCCUCUCUCGUGGUGCCUGCAACAACUGCGACUGCCCUGGCUUCUUACGGCAUGUGCAUCGCACUGAGCUCGAGACAGCUGCAUGUCCUGCGUAUCCAGUGUGUUCGCCCACAUUUCGAUGUGCUCGCUGCAGCUGCCUUUCCAAGUUCCACGCCGUCGCGUCAACGCUUGGACCAGACACCGCCGUGGACACCUCCGCGCCCGUGGCGUCCACGGGCGGUACGCGUGGCGGGCAGUGGAAGGUGGGCGAUCUGGUACAAGUGGAGAGCUCGCAGCGCUGGGCAUUGCUUUUGCAGACGCCCUCGGACGAGUGUGUGGUGGAGCUGUUGGGGGAAGAAGGGAGCCAGGUCAGCUACCCCUCGACGUCACUCACACGGGAGGAGGAUGGCCCUUGGUCUCCUCCAGAGAUCAUUUCUGACUUUGAGAAAGAGGAGAACUUCAAGGACCUGGUCUUCCAGCCUGAGGCUUUGCGCCCCUUGAUCCCGGCGCUGAAGCGCCGCCGCUGCAAGAUCUCGGUGCUUGGUGGGUCCAUCUCCUUGCAAAGUCGUGGCUACCGGCCCAACUUGCUUCGGGCACUGGAGCGAAGAGGGGUGGUGGUGGACGACCUCGCGGCCGCCGUCGGCACCGCCGGAAGCCGCGCCCUGGCGUUGGUGGUCAAUGACCUGGUCACGACGAAGCAACCCGAUCUGCUGAUCAUCGAGGUCGCGGUCAAUGACGGCGACGACCUGCUCGAAAGCACCACGAAGCACGGACGCCCCCAGCACGCGCGCCCGGUGCUGGCGGCGGCCGAGGGCCUCGUCCGGACGGUGCGGCGGGCGUGUCCGCAGACGGCUAUUAUCUUUCUAGAGAUGUUCCUUCGCGACGAUGCCGCCGCGCGCGUGCUGAAGACUGGUUCGGAAGCCUGGAAGGACUCCUCAGUGGACGAGGCCAUUGGAUGGUACCACGAGGUGGCACCCCGCUUGCAUCGACACCUUUGCCGAAGUUAUGGUCUUUGCCAGAUCGAUUUAGUCCCUGCCUUCCGGUCCUUGAGUCUCGACGAUCGCCAGAAGUGGUUCCGGGACGAUUGCCACCACUCGGACGCCGGGGGCGAAGCGGUUGGCAACCUCUUGGCGCGCCUCAUCCUUUGGUCCGUCCGACAACCUGCAGCCACCUGCGCAGCGUCCACUGCGUCCAUGCAGCGUUUGCCGCCGCCGCUGGACACCCACUGCUGGUGCAAUGGGAAGACGAUUCGCAUCCUCCCGGGCUGGUGUUCCAACUACACGCUCCGCCGGGACAAAGACCUCCUACGGCUGGGGCAACAGAGCGACUGGCUCCUGCUGCAUGCAGGCGGCCGAGCGACCAUUCCCUUCAAGGGUCGAGCCUGUGGCUUGAUGACGCUGCUGGGACCCGAUGCUCCGAGCUUACAAGUGCAAGUCGAUGGGCUGCCGCUUCAAAGGGUCCAGCUACUGGAUCGAUGGUGCUACUACUGGAGGGAUGCAGUGGUCUUGCUUUGUGAUGGACUGGCUGAUAGCACUCACACGCUUCACCUGGAGGUGGAGGCCGCGCCGCCGGAGCACGGCAUCCUGAAGCGUCCGGCGAGCUCGGAGCUGUGGACCCACUUCGUGGCCGAGGCUCGAGCGCAAGGUCGUCCGCCACAGAAGCUUUGGCUGCUUUAUGCUUGUGCAGUUGAGAGCGAUCCGAGCCAAAAGACGUCCGCGCAGCUGUGGAGUCUGUGGCGCCGCGUCAGUGUUCAGGUGAUACUGAGGAAUAGGGAAUGCCAAUGGGAUACCUUAAUUGAGAGGAUCCCAGUUUCGAGUUGCUGACUUACUUGUUUUUU